CUGCUAUUUGAAUUAUUAACGAACUAAAAAAGAUUUACAACCUUUACUUUGAAAAUACGGAUAGAUAAAUAGAAAUAUAAAUUUAUUGUUUUUUAAUUAAUUAAAAUGAAAAACAGCAAAUAAUAGCUUAAAGACCUUGUGGAAGAAUAGCGAAUGGCUGAAGUUAAAGAUAGGCCAUAGAUAUUAUAAAGGUCUAAGCAGAUUAUGGAGUAAAACAGAUUAAGUGAAAUACCUGCUUAUGCCAGAUUAUAUUACUUGCAUAAAAAGGAUGGAGCUGGAAAGGAAAACAUUGAUCAUAGUAACUAAAGUGGGAGUCUUUACAGAGGAAUUAUGUCUUUUAUUACAAAUAUUGCUAAUCCUUAGGAGAAAUAUUAUAAAAGCAAGGAUAAUUAUGAGCAGAUUCGAAAUUAAAUAAGAGAAAGAGAGUCAAAAGAAAAUACCUUCAAACCAGCAAUUCACCAAAAAUCAAAAAGUCUUGUCCGAAACGAGAAAGUGGAGGUAAUUUUAUACAAAGAUGCUAAGCGACGUCUAGAAAAAUAAAGAAAAGAAUCCAAGAAACGCUCUAAUUCUUGCAAUUCCGGUAAGAUUUCUUCAAUGAGUGAGAUUAUUUUGGUACAUAAAUUUACCAAAGAGUUCUAUUAAGUUUGUUAGCAAUUAAAUCUUUAAGAUAAAGAUAGCUUCGAUUUAAAUAAUGUUUUUGAGCUUUUAAUCAAGCUAAGAUUUAUAAAAUACUAUUACGAAUAAGAUGGCCCUGUAAUUGAAAACGAAAAGCGCUUAGUUUAUCUCCUUUGGUCUUUGAUUGGAGGGGAAAGAUUUGGGAAAAUCAAGAAAGAGAAUUUGGUCAUAUUUUUACUAUGCGUUUUAGGAUUAGGGUUAAAUAGGAAAGUUAAUGAUAAAGAAAUUGAGUUGAUAAUGAAGAAUAAUUUACAAUAAAUGAUUGAAAAUAAUUAAAAUUAUUAGGGCAACUUCUCUGGCCUAGCAAGCUAACUAUUUAAUGGCAGUAAUAUUCUCAAUAAUCCAUCUUAAAGAAUUUAAACAGAACCUAAUGGUGCGAAUAGGAUGAAUGGAGAUGAUCAUUAUAAUCCAUAGAGUCCUACACCUCACAAGUUAAUAACUGCAGCAUAAUAAAUAAAUAGUGGGUGCUAUGAUGUGAGCAGUAGCAAUUCGAAAUCCAAUAAUCCUAAUUUGAGUAAUCCUUUUUUCGCUACCUUCUAAAAUCUCUUUAAUUAAAAUACAAAUAAUCUUCAUCCUACUAUUUAAUCUUGUAAUUCUGUAAUUAAAACAAAAACUUCGUUAGAUGUUAACAAAGACUCAAACAGCCAUACUAACAUAAGUUUCUAAGUUAUUGGUGGUGGAGCAAAACACUCUCUUUCUAGCUAAAAAUUACCUUAAGUAGGAAAUACAAUUGAAUAAUUUAGAAUAUAAGAAAUGCCUGAAGCAGAAAAUGAGUAAUAAAAAUUGAAUACUAACUUUGGAUCUGACAAAAAGAAUGGUAUCAGUGUUCAGACACAUUCAAAUAUUUUUAAUCAUGAAAUUAGCAAAUCAAUAUACAACAUUCAGCUAGGAUACUUCGAAGAAGAUACAAAUUUAUGGAUUCUGGGUUUGGAUGAUAAAAGAGUAAUUCACUAAGCAUUUGAAGUUCUUUACCGUAACAGACUUGCUUAUGAAGAAUUAAAAAACAAUAAAUACGAUUGGGAGUAUUCUUUCUAGCCAUAACUUACUACAAACAGUAUUUAAUUAGCUAAUAGGUAAAGAGAGAAAGUUCUAACUGAAGCAGCCCAUCUCUUAGAGACUUAGCAAAUUAAAAUGAAAAUACCAGAAGAUGGUAAAAUUUGUCAUUAAUAGCUUUUGGUGUUACAAAAAAUGGCAAAUGAUCUCAAUAUAAAAAAGAAGAAGGAAGUCUUGGAUUAGCAAUAGCUUCAAGAGUGCAGUUUCUAUCCUUAAAUUAACACGUUUAAAAUGAAUACUUUACCUGAUAUUGGAUAACCAGAAAAGGGAAACAAUUAAAAUACAAAUAUAUAUGACCUAGCUUCAGCAGUAUUAGGGACUGAUAACUAAAUUAAUUCAAGACCUCGUCUAACUACUGUCUAAUCAAGUGAUAGAGGUGUAAAAAAAACAGAAGAACUCUACCAAAUGCCUAAUCCUAAAUAACACAGAAGAGAUAAAACAAGAGAAGAGAUAGAAUAUGAAAAAGUUUGUGAUGAGUGCACUUUCCAUCCAGAAAUAACAAAAAAAAAGAGAGUGUAUAAGCAAGAGCAGCUUUAUGCUAAAAAUAUUGAUAAGACUAUUGAUAGGUUAAGGAAUGCAUAUAAAGAAAAAGAAUAAAUUACCAUAGCAAAGAAAAAAGGCCACACAAGACAUUCUUUAGGUGGUAUAAGUGAUUUUAAGCCAGAGAGUACUAAGCAUUCUAAAAUGUCAAAUAAAAAUAGCGUGAGUAACUUGACUCAUCUAAGAUCACCAUCAAAUUUGACAAGUUAAACUAAUAACAAACCUCCAAUCCCUUCUUCUACUUCAAAUAGAAACAUCAUGAAAAAUUUAAAUAAUUUAAGUGGAUAAUUUUAAUUUGACUAGAGCAAUACAUAAGUAGUUAACUAUGAUUAAAUUAAACAUAGUAAUAGUAGUAAUAACUUACAUAAGCAAAAUAAUGAUAAUAAUCUAAACUAUAGCAAUAACAGCAGUUUUAAUUAAAGAGCGCAGAACAACUUCUUCUAAGACAAAAAAAUGAAUAACAAAUCAGAUCAAAAUUUGAGGGUUAAUAUGUAAAUGGAAUAAUAUCAACAAUAGUAAUAGUAGUAAUUGCAGUAAACGUAGCAUUAGCAAUUUUAAUUUUAAAAUUAAUAACAAUAACAAUAACUAAAUCAAACACAAAACUUAUAAUAGCAAAUAUAUGAAUAGCCAGAGCUACAAGAAAGCAAAUAAUAAUAAUUAUUCCAAAAUUAAAUUCAAUAACAGUAAUAGCAACAAUAAAAAUAACAAUAUAUAUAGUAAUAAUAGUAAUUGCAAUAAAUUCAGUAAUUUAAUUCUUCAGAAAGCUCAAACAACUCUUAAAAAAAUAAUCAGUAUUCUUCUUAUAGCAGUAGUGAGAGCUAAUCAAAUAAUAGAAAUUAUUAUUAAUAGACAUAACUUUCUCCAGUUAAUAACUUUAACAAUUAAAAUAUGUUCUAAUAAAAAUAGAUAGCUGAUUCGUAACAGCCUUAAUCUAGUUAGGCUAUGAAUAUUUAAGAACUAUAUGUAUAAAGCUAGUCUUAGUAAUAAUCUCAAUAAAAAAUAAAAAAUCCAUCAUAAACAACAAGCUAAUAGUCAAACAAUUCAAUUUCCUAAGAUCCAUCUUCUGUAAACUAAACAUAUCAUGAUAGAGUUAAUAGUACUGGUAACUAAAAUUAAAAUUAAUUAAUUCCAGAUUAAUCUUUUUCAUAAACACCCAACAAAAGUGCUACUUCAAGUUUGUCAUUACAUGUUAAAUCAGAAGAAAAAGUUCCUCUACUUUUUGUUGAUGUUAACCUUGGUCUUGGUAGAAUUGAAAGAAUUGUGGUUUAUGAAGGAGACAAAUCAGAGGAUUUAGCUAACAAGUUUGCAUUAGUUCAUAAUUUGGACACCGUGACAAAACAAAAGUUCAAAGAACUAUUAGACAAUUAAAUUGCUGGUUUAUUAAGUAGGAUUGAUGAAGAGGAAAUGCUUAGCUAUGAAAGUGAAUCACAAAACCAUUCUGCAAUUCAUUAGCAUCAUUAUUAUUUCUAAAAUUACAAUAGCAACGGAUCAAAUUAUCAAAUGAAGUAAUCCUCCUCUCUAUAAAAUACAUAAAAUUAAAACUAAAACAACUCCUAGCAUAUUUGA